AUGGCGGAAUUUCCUCCACCGAGCCUGCAACCUCUUAUACAGGAGGUGUUUGACCUUCUGAAGGCCCGGAAUGAAACAAUUUCUGUUGCCGAGACUGCUGCAGGUGGUCUCAUCUCCGCCUGCCUGAUCUCCGCCCCUGGCGCAUCGGCUAUAUACAAAGGCGGAUUAACAGUAUACACCCUUCAAUCACGGAUAGAAUUCGCAGGUUGGACAUCGGAAAACCUCAACAACUACGAAGGCCCGACAAUUGAGAUCGUCGCGGGCAUGGCUGAUCAUACUCGCCGUACGCUGGGUUCGACUUAUGCGGUCAGUGAGAGUGGCACGGCUGGACCUUCAGGCCGCGGGGCAACGAGAAACCGUACGCCCGGCUAUGUGGCUGUGGCUGUAUCAAGCGCUCAGGGGAGCGUUACACGAGAAAUCGAGACGGGAAGUAAUAAUCGAGCUGAAAAUAUGGUGGCGUUUGCACGGGAGACAUUGAGACUAUUGAGAGAUAUACUAUCUCAGAUUGAGACUCCAUAUCUGUAG